AUGUCGACACAAAAGAUGGAUUUGAUGAUUAUUUUGUUGCUUUCAAAAUUAGCCUUUCAGAUGUCACUGUUGGUGGCGUUUGCUCUGUCCUCUUCGUCUAUUGCCGAUUUUAAGAAUAGAUGGAGACAAAAAAUGACAUGUGGCAACCAGUAUACCCGUACGCUCAUUUGUAGCACUAAAUUAACUUCUUACUUUUUCAAAAAGGCAAUUAUCACCAAUAUUAGUAUCUCAUUACAGCCCUUAUAUCAGUAAUGCUACAGUAUACUUAAAAAUAAAAGAUUUUUCUCUUCUCUACAGGAAACAACAGAUCGGCAUCAGGAUGGAUCCAAUGGAGUUCGAUGACAGUGUGUACAAGAGGAGGAACCUCACGAUGGAGGGUCUCAUCACCAGCGGUACACUAUCAACCUGAAAUACUCUAAACACCGAGAACAUUGACCUUGACUUUUCAUAUGUUUUUUGUUUUGUAGGAGAAUAUGAACUAAAGCUGCCCUACCUGUAAGAAAAUGUGUUUAAUUGUUGACUUACUUUUCAUACAGUCGAUCUCCAGAGAACAAGAGGUCCGUCCAGAUGUGUUUCUGUCAGUCUUGGAUUACUGUGUGCUCUCCUGUUGGCUGGAAACGUUGGACAAUUCGCCUACUGUAAGUUGUUGCAAAAAUUUUGAACUAUUGAGCUAAAUGUGUCCAAAGUCGUGUUUGCACCAAACGCAAAUAGAAUUAGCGAAAUUCAUUUGUCAAUGUCAAUGUGAAGACGCGGGUUGUCUGAUGAAAUUCAACGCACUCGAAAAAUCUGAACUCAAGUGAAUCGUUUGCUAACCAGCAGGGAAACGCCUCAGUGAAGAGUAUCAACAAGGUUCAUUUGUCCCGACAGGCGAACCAUUUAUGAAGAAGAACUUUAUUUAUCUUUGAAGGAAAAUUCAAUAAAUUAAAACAUCUAAUUUUAGUUCAAUUUAUGAGCGUAGAAUGUUACCUCAACUAUAAAAUACAACUUGUUUUAAUAUCGAGAGAGGAAUAAAAGCAGUUUGAAGUAUUAAGUAAGUUGUUUAAAGACAUGAAUCCUCCAUGUGUUUAAUUUAUAAGAUUGGGUUUCUCCUGCAGAUGUAAUAAACAACCAUGGAGCGACUAAUUUUUGUGAACUUAGCGGGUGAAUAGUUUUACCAAAUAGGGGGGUUUGGUUUGAACAUGACAUUAGAAAACAGACACAUAAGGAUAAAUUUACAAAAUAUAGGUUAAAAAAAAAACUUGACUUUAAAAAGUGACUAUCCAUCCAUCUAUUUUUCUAUCUAUCUUUAAAACAGAUCACUGUUGUGGCCAUCCUGUAUCAGCUGACCUGAUGCAGACUGCUUACAGCUCUGGAGCUUUAACUGUGGACCGAGAAAGCUUUGAGACCCGACUGAGUAACCUGACGACUGAAAAAGAUCAGCUACAGCAAAACUACAACUCCCUAAAACAAGAAAAAGAUCAGCUGCAGCAGAACUUCAACACCGUGAAGAGAGAGAAAGAUCAGCUGCAAACUAACUUCAACAACCUGCAGAAGAAUAAUGCCAACCUGCAAAGAGACAAAGCUGACCUACAGUCAAAGUUUACCACAUUAACAACAAACAGAGAUGCGUUACAGAGGAGCUACAACUCACUGAGGAGUGAGAAGGACCAGCUGCAGAGAGACAAAGAUGCUUUGGAAACACGUUACAGCUCGCUGCAGCGAGAAAAAGAUCAGCUGAGGACUGAUUACAGCAGAUUAUCGACAGUUAGGAAUCAAUUAGAGAGAAAGGUCAACAAACUAAAUGGUAAGAUAUAUAAGUUUAAUUGAUUUUCUGUACAGUUUUCUGGCAUUUACAUCCUAAUUGUGAUAUUCUGUUCUGGUUCAUGGUUUUGAUCUGCAGCCCGGCCCUGUGAGUCAGGCUGGAGGAAGUUUGGCACCAGCUGUUACUACGUUUCAAGUACGAAGAAAAACUGGGAGUCCAGCAGAAAUGACUGCAUCGGUAAAGGAGCCGAUCUGGCCAUCAUUAAUAGCCAAGAGGAAAGGGUACGUAACUACAAAACCCAAUUUCAUUGAAGUUGGGAAAUUGUGAUAAACGUAAAUAAAAGCAGAAUACAAUGAUUUGCAAAUCCUUUUCAACCUAUAUUCAAUUGAAUACACUACAAAGACAAGAUAUUUAAUGAUCAAACUCAUAAACUUUGUUUUUUUUUGCGAAUAAUAAUUAACUCAAAAUUUCAUGGCUGCAACAAGUGGCAAAGAAGUUGGGAAAGGUGGCAAAAAAUACUGAGAAAUUUGAGGAAUGCUCAUCAAACACCCCUUUGGAACAUCCCACAGGUGAGCAGGCUGAUUGGGAACAGGUGGGUGCCAUGAUUGGGUAUAAAAGCAGCUUCCCCAAAAAUUCUCAGUCAUUCACAAGCAAGGAUGGGGUGAGGUUCACCACUUUGUGAACAACUGCAUGAACAAAUAGUUGAGCAGUUUAAGAACGACGUUUCUCAAAGUACAAUUGCAAGGAAUUUAGGGAUUUCAACAUCUACGGUCCAUAAUAUCAUCAAAGGGAUUCAGAGAAUCUGGAGAAAUCACUGCAGGUAAGCGGUGAGGCCGGAAACCAACAUUGAAUGCUGGUGACCUUUGAUUCCUCAGGCAGCACUGUAUCAAAAACCGACAUCAAUGUGUAAAGAAUAUCACCACAUGGGCUCAGGAACACUUCAGAAAACCACUGUCAGUAAAUUGAGAUUGUGGCUACAUCUAUAAGAGCAAGUUAAAACUCUACUAUGCAAAGCGAAAACCAUUUAUCAACAACAUCCAGAAACGCCGCCGGCUUCUCUGGGCCCGAGCUCAUCUAAGAUGGACUGAUGCAAAGUGUAAAAGUGUUCUGUGGUCUGACGAGUCCACAUUUCAAAUUGUUUUCGGAAAUAGUGGACGUCAUGUCCUCCAGGCCGAAGAGGAAAAGAACCAUCCAGACUGUUAUUGACGCAAAGUUCAAAAGCCAGCAUCUGUGAUGAUAUGGGGGUGCAUUAGUGCCCAAGGCAUGGGUAACUUACACAUCUGUGAAGGCAACAUUAAUGCUGAAAGGUACAUACAGGUUUUGGAGCAACAUAUGCUGCCAUCCAAGCAACGUCUUUUUCAUGGACGCCCUUCCUGCUUAUUUCAGCAAGACAAUGCCAAGCCACAUUCCGCACGUGUUACAACAGCGUGGCUUCGUAGUAAAAGAGUGCGGGUACUCGACUGGCCUGCCUGCAUUCCCAACUUGUCUCCCAUUGAAAAUGUGUGGCACAUUAUGAAGCGUAAAAUAUGACAACGGAGACCCCGGACAGUUGAACAACUGAUAAGCGAAUUGGUCUCAGUUGUGGGCCUGGCCUGAGGCCCAUAGGUUGCCAUGACAAUGGACGCACUGCAGGCUGAGGCAGUCAAUUUCUGCAUUCCGCAUCCGGAAUGGCUCUGAUCUGAGACGUUGACGAUUUUUGACGUAUGCCAAUUUCUACUGGAUCUGUUUGUGAGGCAAAUUUUGUGACGGCAGCUAUGUGAUGAAUAUUUGAUUUAACUAGAAAGAGAAAUAAGUCAUCAAGUCCAAGACACAGAUUUUGGCAAAGAAAACAAAAAGGACAAGACCGGUGGUCUGCAUCUAAUAGUGAGCAAUUAUGGCUUUACCAGAAAGAUGAGGAUGUGUUUUCAUCAUCCCUGUCUGUGUGUCAUGAUUGCAGGUUUUUGUUAGUGGGCUGGUGACAGGAGGAGCAAAUACCUGGAUUGGUCUGACUGAUGAUGUUACAGAGGGGACUUGGAUGUGGGUGGAUGGGACCCCCGUCACAACUACGUAAGGUUUUAUUUGAUUACUUAAUGUAUUAAAAGGCUAGAUUGGACCAUCUUUGACCUCACUAGCACCUGUAGAUUUUGAGAGGUUUUUAACAAUUAUUACUGAGUCCCUCCAAAUACAGUGAAAAAUCAUGUCUUGUCUUUUAAAGAAAUAUAUCAUCAGAUCAGCUCAUAUUCAGUCAUUUAUGUAACAUUAGUAUACUAAGUUUUGCACAGGAAUAGGAUAUCUGUAUGAUAUUUAUAUAUUGUAAUAUAUUAGCAAAUUCACCCUGGCCACCUCUAACGGUGUCAGAGCCCCCUCCAUUCAAAACAGUCUGCGCACACCCCUGCAAACUUCAACCUCUGCUGCAGAAAGACAGUAAAACAGACACUUGUACCGGUUAGAGGAGGAUAAAAGGCAGAUGGAGCAUAACAUGCAAGAGAGAAGUUAGAAAGUGAGUAAUUUGAUGUAUUUAAGGAGUUGUUCCAGCCUUAGCGGACUGGAUGUUUGGUGUUCAUGGAUGCACACUUUGGUUUCUUUGCUUAUCAGGUACUGGGAGGAUGGGCAGCCCAACAGCCAUGGAGGGAACCAGGACUGUGGAGAGAUGGUACAGAGAGGAGAGUGGAACGAUGAUAUUUGUUCUGCAGAAAACAUCUGGAUCUGUGAGAACUAAGAUCUCUGUAAUCUAAGUUUAAUGCUGAAAGAUCGUAGUGGUCCUUUACGCUGGUCGCCACAAAACAGAGAGAAGACGUAGAAGAAGAAGCAGCCGACUGCCAGGGCGCUAGCUGUAGCAGCUUUUUGAGAGAAAUAAUUCAGCAGUUUUAAAAGUGAUUUUCAAGAUUUACUGUGUUUCCUGAAACAACUUUAUAACUUGUGCUUCUUUGGGAUAGUAAUCAAUUGAACAUUAUUAAUUUGAACUUUUUUUAAUUUAGCUCUGUGACUUAAGAUCUACCGAACAUAGUGUACUUCAAAAUAAAAUUUAAAGUUUACUAAGGCAAUACUGUAUCACUGUUUGAUGAAUAAAAUGUAACUGUUUUCAAUGAUGUAGUACAAACUGCAUAAGCACAUGUUUUGUAAGAUGAUUGUACAACACACUGGUGAUUAAAUAACCCAGAUACAUUUCAAAUAAAGUACCCUGCUUGCUUCUUAUUCAAUUCUGUUCUUUUUUAAGUAUAUUAUUUCGUGUUUUUGCAAACAUGAAAGCCACUAAGUGCUUUACGUAGUUAACACACACAGGCUAUUUUAUAAAACGGGUUGUGAGAUGACCACAAGAUUUAGACGGCGGUUUAAUAUAGAAGACAACGUGCACUUUUUGUGAAAAUGAUACUGAAACAAGGGACCAUAUAUUUUUCUCAUGUAACAUAACACAAACAUUCUGGGUUAACAUUCACGGAUGGAUUACACCAAAAAUUACAGUAUUUCCACAACGUGUUUCUCGAGAUAAUGUUACUUUUGGAAUGUCACUACCAAAUAAAAGUGAUGAACUCUGUUGCAAUGUAAUCUGAUGUCUUGCCAAAUAUUUCAUCCAUAAGGAUAGACUUAUGAGAUCAUCCCCCAGAUUUAUUGUUUUCAUAAACAAAUUUAAAAUGUAUUUUAAAUCCUUAAAACGUUAACUGUUUUGAAGGAACGAAAGUAAUACGAUAACUUUUCCCACUGAUAUAAGCAGCUAAAAAUGUUUUAAGAAAGAAAGCCACUACAGGUUAAAGCUGUGAAAAUUUCCCCAUUUUUCCUCACCAUAGAGGAAUAAUCAAAAUGAAACGUCUCAAAGACAGUCGUACAUUUAGAGUGAACCUCUGUUAGCAGACUUUUAAUAUGUGAAAAAAACAAGGGGUGUUAGUACUGUAGCAAUCAUCAGUCUGUCACUGCAACACUGUCAUUGUUACCUGUUAUCUAUAUAUGAGGAUCUCCGACUGUAGACCCACCCUAUUUCAUUGUGCAAAAGUGAUGCCAAAAGAACUCUGAGUCAGCAUUUACUCUUAAGAUGGUGCAGUUCCCUGACUCAGUUCAAAGUGGUCUCUCAGGUCCCUAGAAAGUUCACUGGCUUUUGUUUCAGUGCUCGUUCCACUUCCUGUUUCUACUCUGCACCGCUAAUACUACACCGCAAAGCCACAUUUCUCGAUAGAGCCGUCAUUCACAGUGUUACUUUAGUGCUCAGCGAAGGCAGAUGAUUUACAACGGCCUGAAUGAUGGAGGAACCUGCUGGAAACAGAGGAAUGAAAAGACUAGAAAUAUGUACAUGAGUCUAAAGCAUAUCCAACAGCAGAAAUGAAAUGAAAUGGGGACAAAGGGGUUGUAAAUACACAAAUAGAAAGCUUUUAUGGUGUCUAUGUUGGUCGAGUCUCAGCAAUGUCACCCAUUGGUCUCUAAAGAGAGGUCUCUCCAUGUUGGAAACGCUGACUCAGCAAAUUUAUGAGUUAAUCUAAACUAGGUGGAGAAGUGGACUGUAAGAUCCCCUGGCCAACAGUUACUGCACACCCACUCCCAGUUAUGCAUGUGUAUAACCCCUGAGGCUGUGGUUGAGUUAUGGUGUAAACAGCAUGGCUCAAGGUGAAUCAGGGAGCGUUCGAUCAUUUGUAGCCAGUUACUGGCAAUUUCCACCGCAUCCAGAACGGCUAUGAAAAGUCCGUAUCUGCCGAUCGUAGCUUAUCGGAACCAUUCAAGUUAAUCUGUCAGUUUCCACCGGCUUCUUUCCGUUCAGCUACGAAUCGCAGUGCUGCACAGCUAAUCCCAAGAGUUCUAUUUUUCCGGACGCCGGGGCAUAAUAAAUAAAUAAUAAAUUCAGCACAGAUUAACCCGUGCUGGAAAGAAAGUCGGACACAGACACAAAAUAAAACAUCCAGCUUCUUUUCUAAAUAAAAUGAAACGGUGAAACGGUUUCAGGCGGAUCGUAUUUCACACCAUAAAAACGGGCGGAGACGAACAAGUGAAAGGUUUAUAGACAGUAUUUCACCCCAAUGACACUGUGGAUGAGGAGAUGCUGAUUUUAGAAGUCUAGAAGUCAAUUUCCUCCUCUAGAAGGACACAAAUUACUGCUUAUAUGGUUAGCCUAUGUGGCUGAAGACAAUUUGUUAUCACGCGAUUGAACGUGAAUCUGCGGGUUCUUGUGAGUUCUCGGGAUUUCUGCUGUCCGUAAUCUGCCACGAAAUUCGCCUCACAAAUGGAUCCGGUAGGAAUUUGCGAUCGAGGAAAAUCGCCACCGUUCCAGAUGCAGUGGAAAUCACGGGUGAGAUAGCGCACAAUCUGGGCACCAGGUGAGCCGCCGAGUCCACAGAGUUCGUAUCAAACCAUAGGGAUGAUUUGAAGGUGUGUAACGUGGAUGAAACCAAUCAGCAUGUUUGCCCUGGAUUCCUUUAAGAGCAAGGUGCCUCUGCUGACAGGGGUGUUGCUUUUUACACAGCAGAUUUAAACCAUUUUCCCUAAAAACUGCAGAACCGGACAGUCUUUGACUCUGCUGUAAAAAACAAACAAAAAAAGGAUUUUAACAAGGAUGUUAAAGGACGAUUAAGGAAUCUGAAUUAAUGUUACUUCAUUGAUUAUCUUAUUUAUAUGAAACCCUUAAAUUCCAGAGAGAGUGAAGUGAUACUUUUUUGACUCUGCUGACUUUGCAUACCUAGAAAAAUGACCCUCACCCACACACACCUCUUUCUUUGUAACACUGUCACUGUUAAACUUGAUCUCACUUGAAGGUUGUGUGAAGAAGGAACAGAAACUGCAGAAGACAAAAAAAUGCACUUCUGUUAUAACAGGUGAAGUCCAGUUUGUUUCUGAGAAUUAUGUUGGCCAAAAAUUACCUUAAUCAGAGACGGUACAUUCGUGAGAAUUCAGGAACAAGCCAGAGUUCAAAUUAGUAAAACAAUUGAUGACACGCAAAAAAGGAGCAUCCUGUUUUCUGCACAAUAAAUACUGCAGCAUUUGAUAUCUUUUCCUCGAGAUGAGUGGAAGCGUCUUGAUGUGACUCGUAACACAGACACUUUCUACUUGGAUCUAAGGUAGGUUGACAUUAAGAAACUUUUUCCCUUUUAAAUUAUUGAAUAUUAAAGCGUAACUCUGACUGAGUUUCAUCCAAGACUGUUUUUCAGUCUUGGAUUUCCGAAUGAUUCCCAAAGAUUUUAACUUCUGCUGAUGAAAUCUCUUUAAAGACAAGAUUCUGACGCAAUGCUUACAAUUUAUUUAGGAUUUGAACAUGAAGACUGAGUCUUGCUGGACCUAAUUUCUUCAAAAUAAAAGCAAAAUCAAACGAGCAAAUGAUGGGUAUGACCAAACUCUAAAAUACUCAUUCAUGAGUGGGUGGUAAUACAGACUGGAAUCCUGAUAGGGUUAGUAGGGUAAUUGAAUUUCCCCUCUGUGAUAAAUAAAGUUAUCUCAUCUUAUUUUUGGACCCCGGUGCAAACUGAGGGAUCUUGUCUCUCUUCAGCCACCCAUUCACCUUACAUUAUUACUCUUAUAAACUGACUGAUGAGAAAAAUUAACAUGUCGACACAAAAGAUGGAUUUGAUAAUUAUUUUGUUGCUUUUAAAGAGAGCCUUUCAGAUGUCACUGUUCGUGGCGUUUGCUCUGUCCUCUUCGUCUAUUGCCGAUUUCAAAAAUAGAUGAAGACAAAAAAUGACAUGUGGCAACCAGUAUACCCGUACGCUCAUUUGUAGCACUAAAUUAACUUCUUACUUUUUCAAAAAGGCAGUUAUCACCAAUAUUAGUAUCUCGUUACAGCCCUUAUAUCAGUAAUGCUACAGUAUACUUAAAAAUAAAAAAAUUUUCUCUUCUGUACAGGAAACAACAGAUUGUCAUCAGGAUGGAUCCGAUGGAGAUCGAUGACAGUGUGUACAAGAGGAGGAACCUCACGAUGGAGGGUCUCGUCACCAGUGGUACACUAUCAACCUGAAAUACUCUAAACACCGAGAACAUUGACCUUGACUUUUCAUAUGUUUUUUGUUUUGUAGGAGAAUUUGAACUAAAGCUGCCCUACCUGUAAGAAAAUGUGUUUAAUUGUUGACUUACUUUUCAUACAGUCGAUCUCCAGAGAACAAGAGGUCCGUCCAGAUGUGUCUCUGUCAGUCUUGGAUUACUGUGUGCUCUCCUGUUGGCUGGAAACGUUGGACAAUUCGCCUACUGUAAGUUGUUGCAAAAAAAAAAAAGUGGCGAUGGAAAAAAAAAGAAGUCACUUACCACUGAAAUAAGAGGAUGCAAAUAAUGCACCAGUGGGUUUUUUUCUGCAUCACCACUUUUUUUUUGCGUCGUUAUCUUCCGUUAUGGUUUUUCUUUUUUUUUUUUUCAUCAGUACUUCUGUCGCUGUGUCUUUUUCUUUUCUUUUGUUUUUGCAUUCUUUUUUAUUUGCAGCAGUGGCAAUUCUCGGCCACCAUACAUUUUAAAUUGAACAUGACAUUAGAAAACAGAUACAUAAGGAUAAAUGUACAAAAUAACCUUUACUCUAAAUAGUGACUAUCUAUCUAUCUAUCUAUCUAUCUAUCUAUCUAUCUAUCUAUCUAUCUAUCUAUCUAUCUAUCUAUCUAACAGAUCACUUUUAUGGCCAUCCCAUAUCAGCUGACCUGAUGCAGACUGCUUACAGCUCUGGAGCUUUAACUGCGGACCGAGAAAGCUUUGCGACCCGACUGACUAACCUGACGACUGAAAAAGACCAGCUACAGCAAAACUACAACUCCCUAAAUCAAGAAAGAGAUGAACUACAGCAAAACUACAACUCCCUAAAUCAAGAAAGAGAUGAACUACAGCAAAACUACAACUCCCUUAAACAAGAGAGAAAUCAGCUGCAGAUGAACUACACUGACACGCGGAAGAAUUAUGAUGACCUACGGAGAGAAAAAGAUGGCCUACAGACCGAGUUCAGUACUUUGAGAGCAAACAGAGAUGAGCUCCAGGGAAGUUACUCCUCACUGAGGGCGGAUAGGGACAGUUUGCAAACGGGCUUGAUGAAUGUCACCCAAAGUAAAAACCAACUUCAGCACAGAUACGACUCGCUAAAGACGGAGAAAGAAGCACUGCAGACAAGUUAUGAUGAUCUGAAGAGCGUGAAAGAGCAACUUCAGAGAACUUACACCAGCUUGUCAACAGAUAAGGAUCAGUUAGAAGAAAGAAUUGAUAAAGUAAGAGGAGAUCUGUUACAAGAGAAAGAUCAACUGCAGCAGAAUUACAACACAGUAAAACGAGAGAAAGAUCAGCUGCAAACUAACUUCAACAACCUACAGAAGAAUAAUACCAACCUGCAAAAAGACAAAGAUGACCUACAGACGAACAGAGAUGCGUUACAGAGGAGCUACAACUCAAUGAGGAGUGAGAAGGACCAGCUGCAGAGAGACAAAGAUGCUUUGCAAACACGUUACAGCUCGCUGCAGAGAGAAAAAGAUCAGCUGCAGCAGAACUUCAACACCGUAAAACGAGAGAAAGAUCAGCUGCAAACAAACUUCGCUAAUGUUCAGAAGAAUAACGCCAACCUCCAAAGAGACAAAGAUGAGCUACAGACAAAGUUUACCACCAUGAGAGCAAACAGAGAUGACAUACAGAGGAAUUACUCCUCUUUAUUAAUGGACAACGCCCGGUUGCACUUGCGCUUCAGUAAUUUAACUCUAAGCAAGAAUCAACUUUUUAUGAAAUACAAUUCUCUUUUUACAAACAACCAAGCUUUGCAGACGCAAUAUGGCAGUCUGCAGAAAGAGAAAGCUCAGUUAGACAAAGUAAAAGGUGAUCUGACAAGAGAGAAAGACCAACUGCAGCAGAACUACAACACCGCGAAGAGAGAGAAAGAUCAGCUGCAAACUAACUUAAACAACCUGCAGAAGGAUAACUCCAACCUGCAAAGAGACAAAGCUGACCUACAGACAAACAGAGAUGACAUACAGAGGAGGUACAACUCACUGAGGAGUGAGAAGGACCAGCUGCAGAGAGACAAAGAUGCUUUGCAAACACGUUACAGCUCGCUGCAGAGAGAGAAAGAUCAGCUGCAAACAAACUUUAACAACCUGCAGAAGAAUAAUGCCAACCUGCAAAGAGACAAAGCUGACCUACAGACAAAGUUUACUACAUUAACAACAAACAGAGAUGCUUUACAGAGGAGCUACAACUCACUGAGGAGUGAGAAGGAGCAGCUGCAGAGAGACAAAGAUGCUUUGCAAACACGUUACAGCUCGCUGCAGAGGGAAAAAGAUCAGCUGCAGCAGAACUUCAACACGGCGAAGAGAGAGAAAGAUCAGCUGCAAACUAACUUCAACAACCUGCAGAAGAAUAAUGCCAACCUGCAAAGAGACAAAGCUGACCUACAGUCAAAGUUUACCACAUUAACAACAAACAGAGAUGCGUUACAGAGGAGCUACAACUCACUGAGGAGUGAGAAGGACCAGCUCCAGAGAGACAAGGAUGCUUUGCAAACACGUUACAGCUCACUGCAGAGAGAACGAGAUCAGCUGAGGACUGUUAGGAAUCAAUUAGAGAGAAAGGUCAACAAACUAAAUGGUAAGAAAUCCCUUAUAUGAGUUUAACUGAUUUUCUGUACAGUUUUCUGGCAUUUAUAUCCUAAUUUAGAUAUUCUGUUCUGGUUCAUGGUUUUGAUCUGCAGCCCGGCCCUGUGAGUCAGGCUGGAGGAAGUUUGGCACCAGCUGUUACUACGUUUCAAGAACGAAGAACAACUGGGUGACCAGCAGAAAUUACUGCAUUGGUAAAGGAGCCGAUCUGGCCAUCAUUAAUAGCCAAGAGGAAAGGGUACGUAAGUAAAUAAGCCAGUGAGUGUGUAAUUUAAAGCUAAAAAAAAUCUGUAACUACAUAAUUCCUUCAGGUAUAUUUUGAAAUAUUGUUCAUCAAAUGGCUCUGAAAGUGGUUUAAUGAUGCAGCGAUGUCAGAGCAGUCCCUGAUUAGUGAAUUGGUCUCAGCUGUGGGCCUGGCCUAAGGCCCACAGGUUGCCAUGACAAUACACUCACUGCAGGCUGAGGCAGUCAAUUUUUUGCCUCAGCGCUGGUGUCACCGUCACCCGGGAUUUCCACUGCAUCCGGAACAGCGAAGAUUUUUGCCGUAUGCCAAUUCCUACCAGAUCCGUUUGUGAGGCGAAUUUCGUGGCGGAUUAUGGACAGCAGGAAUCACGAGAACUCAGAGGGACCCGCAGAUUCACGUGCAAUCACGCAAUAACAAGCUGUCUUUAGCCACAUAGGCUAACCAUAUAAGCAGUAGAUUGUGUCCUUCCAGAGGAGGAAAUCUACUUCUAGACUUCUAAAAUCAGCAUCCUCUCAUCCAUGGUGUCAUCGGGUGGAAAGCUGUCUAUAAACCUUUCACUUGUUUGUCUCCGCCUGUUUGCAUGGCGUGAAAUACGAUCCGCCUGAAACCUGGAGUGUUUUAUUUUGAAAAGAAGCCAGAUGUUUUAUUCAGUAUCUGUGCCCAACUUACUCUGUGCUGAAUUUGUCCGGCAUGCUCCGGCGCUACCUUGUCAUGGUGGGGAGGCUUGCUUGCCUCUGUGACUCUGAAGGCUAUACCGGUGAGGGGUCACACCCUCAGCAGGUUCAACCACGCCGGGCAGGUUUUAGAGGAGAGGCCGGACGAAAAGCAGCACCUGGCCCUCCAGGUUGGGGGUUGGGCAUGGGGCUAACAACCCCACCCCGUAAAACACCAGUUUGUUACAGAAACCAUGACUAAUUCACGGCCUCAUGUUCCAAAGGGAACGAAGAGGAUUAAGUAAGUAAUUAAGUAUGCUCCGGUGUCCAGAAAAAUAUAAAUCUUGCAAUCAGCUGCGGAGUCCAGCGAUCCGCAGCGAAACGGAAAGAAGCCGGUGGAAAUUGACACAUUAACUUGAACAGUUAUGAUCAGCUACGAUUGGCAGUUACUGCCUUUUUCAUCCGGAUACGGUGGAACAGCAAUUCCGAUCAAAUCAAAGUUGAGAAACUAAAGACAGGUUCCUGAGGUAAGAGAACACCAAUGUCCUAAAUAAGGUUAGACCUUAUAUAGUGAAAAAAAAGAGGUUUUAUUUUGGCUGCAAACUGGACGGAUUGUAAAAGCUAUGUGAUAAAUACUAGAUUUUACCAGAAAGAGAAAUAAGUCAUCAUGUCCAAAACACUGAUUUUAGUCAAGAAAACAAAAAGUACAGAACAGGUAGUCUGAAACUGGGAGUGAACAAUCAAGGACUAACCAGAAAGAUGAGGAUGUGUUUUCAUCAUCCCUGUGUGUGUUACAGGUUUUUGUUAGUGGGCUGGUGACAGGAGGAGCAAAUACCUGGAUCGGUCUGACUGACGAUGUUACAGAGGGGACUUGGAUGUGGGUGGAUGGGACCCCCGUCACAACUACGUAAGCUUUUAUUUGAUUACUUAAUGUAUUAAAAGGCUAGAUUGGACCAUCUUUGACCUCACUAGCACCUGUAGAUUUUGAGAGGUUUUGAACACAUUAUUACAGAGUCCCUCCAAAUACAGUGAAAAAUCAUGUCUUGUCUUUUAAAGAAAUAUAUCAUCAGAUCAGCUCAUAUUCAGUCAUUUACGUUACAUUAGUAUACUAAGUUUUGCACAGGAAUAGAAUAUCUGUAUGACAUUUACAAAAGAGUAAGAAAGACUGGGUAAAUCUGUGCGCAAAUAUACCCUGGCCACCUCUAACGGUGUCAGAGCCCCUCCAGUCAAAACAGUCUGAGCACACCCCUGCAAACUUCAACCUCUGCUGCAGAAAGACAGUAAAACAGACACUUGUACCGGUUAGAGGAGGGUAACAGGCAGAUGGAGCAUAACAUGCAAGAGAGAAGUUAGAAAGUGAGUAAUUUGAUGCAUUUGAGGAGUUGUUCCAGCCUUAGUGGACUGGAUGUUUGGUAUUCAUGGAUGCACACUUUGGUUUCUUUGCUUAUCAGGUACUGGGAGGAUGGGCAGCCGAACAGCCAUGGAGGGAACCAGGACUGUGGAGAGAUGGUACAGAGAGGAGAGUGGAACGAUGAUAUUUGUUCUGCAGAAAACAUCUGGAUCUGUGAGAACUAAGAUCUCUGUAUUUUAAGUUUAAUGCUGAAAGAUCGUAGUUGUCCUUUACGCUGGUCACCACAAAACAGAGAGAAGAUGUAAAAGAAGUAGCAGCCGACUGCCAGGGCGCUAGCUGUAGCAGCUUUUUGAGAGAAAUAAUUCAGCAGUUUUAAAAGUGAUUUUCAAGAUUUACUAUGUUUCCUUAAACAACUUUAUAACUUGUGCUUCUUUGGGAUAGUAAUCAAUUGAACAUUAUUAAUUUGAACUUUUUUCAUUUAGCUCUGUGACUUCAGAUCUACCGGACAUAGUGUACUUCAAAAUAAAAUCAUAGAUGGGCAAUGCAGAAUUAAAAUCAAUUUUAGAAUAAAAUAAAAUAAAAGUAUGACAAGCAAAAAUUUAGUAAGGUAAACCUGUAUCACUGUUUGAUGAAUAAAAUGCUUCAAUGUCGGUAAGUAACUGUUUUCAAUGAUGUAGUACAAACUGCAUAAGCACAUGUUUUGUAAGAUGAUUGUACAACACACUGGUGAUUAAAUAACCCAGAUGAAUUACAUAUAAA